GUCGUGAUUAAUAUUAAUCAAAGUGUUUUAAUUUGAUUUCCAACUCAAAUCAUUUCGAAAUCAGAGUUACCAAACAAAACAUGUAAGAACAAGAGGCAUGGAGGAGUGAAGUGAAGCUCAAAACACGACAUUCGCUUCUCUCCAAACCCAAAUCACUAAUCUAUAGCUUUCCCCGAGAAAUUUGAAGAGAAAAUGUUCCAUUAUUGCUCUCAAUCUCAGCAAUGUCUUUGAGUCACUGUAUGGAGAAGGGGCGUGCCUGUUUGAUUACUGAGAAGGCUUUGUGGGUGCGUAACAGAGAGAGGUUGCAGAGGCAAAAAGGUGUUCUGAGAUACCCACAUGGAGAAACAAUCAUCAAAAGUGAGAUGAAUGCAAAUUGGGCUUUGUUCGUUGGUUCCCUUGAUGCUUAACACCGGACCUCCCUUUUCUAUCAUCAAUAAGAGGUGGGUUUUCUCAGAAUUCUCAGUUCUUCACUUCAACAGAUGGUUAUGAGUUUUGUGUUCGAGUUUUUUAGGGUUUCUUCGAAAUGAAUUGGAGGCUGGGAAUGGUUUGAAUGCUUAUGAUUCUGAAGAACAUUAUGAAUUGGGUACUAAAGUCUUAGUUCAGUUCAAAGCUUGGAAUCUUUGAUUCAGAAAGUAGGAAGCUGUAAGUUUCCAUUAUCUUGCUUUUCUCUGUUAUCUUCGAGUUACAUAUCUUUUUCUGAUGCACUGGAUGGUUUGUUCUUAAUGAUCCAUUUUCCCAUUGUUAAACAAGCUGCAAUUAAUCAAUAAGAAUGGCUGAAAUAAGGUUAGCUAGAUUAGAACAAGGCCAAACCAAGAUUAAAAAUGUGCCAAUUGCUGUAACCCCAGAAGGUUUUUGGUGCUGCCCUUCUCCUGUUGUUUUCCAAAAGACCCUAAACAAACCCAAACCUGCCUCCCUGCCCCCAAAGAUCUUGGUUGAGACGAAACCGACCCCGGUGGCUGAUAGAAAGCCACGGGCAGCUGCUGUUCGUGACGAUGACCGGAAAGGCAAUGCUGAUACUUCUGGCUAUGGUGCCUCAGAGGUUGUACACAGGGCAUCACGGCCUAAGGUUGAGAAGAUGCCUAGGAAAAUAGCAAUUGAGUUUGGUGAGGCAGGGACAAGUGAUAUUAAGGUUGUUUUAGUUGGGAAGCAAGGAUUUUCAGUGAAGUUGAGUGUUCAUAAACAUGUUUUGAUGGAAAAUAGCACUUUUUUUGCCAUCAAACUUUCUGAUCAUGAAGGUUCUUCUUUGGAAAUUGGUGAUUGUGAAGAUGUUGAAAUCUAUGUUGAAACUGUGGGAUUGAUGUACUGCAAAGAAAUGAAGCAAUGGCUGAUGAAGCAAAAUGUUUCUCGUGUUCUGCGAAUUCUUAAGGUUGCUGAAUGUCUCGAUUUCAAGUCAUGCAUGCAGUCGUGUCUAGAAUAUUUGGAAGCAGCCCCUUGGAUUGGCGACGAAGAAGAAGAGAAGGUUAUCACGUCCAUCCUACGACUUCAAAGUGAGGGCAUUGGGGUGAGCCCGGUAUUGAAGCGAGUGUCUGCGAAUGUGUCGAAGCCCCAUAACGAUACUCUUUCUCAUAUCAUCGAACUCGUUCUUAGAAGCAAUGAGGAGAGAGGGCGACGUGAAAUGAAACUGGUAGUACUGAGGCUUCUUAGGGAGAACCAGAAUGUACCAAGCCAUGCAAGUUCAGCUGAUAUUUGCAAUGAAAUUAUAUACUCUUCUUGUAGAAGCUGCUUGACAUCGCUAUUGUUCCUGUUUCAGCAGGCUGCUGAAACAGAUUUUAGUGACAGGAUAGAACCAGUGGUGAAGCAAAUUACUCUAGAGGCUGAUAAUCUGUCAUGGUUGCUUGAAAUAUUAGCUGACAGGCAAGCGGCCGAUGAGUUCGCAGUCAUGUGGUCGAAGCAUCAGGAACUAGCAGCCCUCCAUGGGAAGUUGCCUAUCGUAUCUCGCUAUCGUGUUAGCUGCAUAACAGCUCGGUUAUUUGUUGGCAUUGGCAAAGGAGAGCUGUUACCAGCUAAGGAUACUCGUAAAUUGUUGUUACAUACAUGGUUAGAGCCAUUGAUCAAUGACUAUAGCUGGUUAAGACACAGUUGUGGGUCGUUUGAUCGAAAAGUCGUGGAGGAAGGAAUUGGUCGAACGAUCCUCACUCUCCCACUCGAGGAUCAGCAGAGCAUUAUGCUGACAUGGUUGAGCAGUUUUCUGAAGGUUGGGGACAGUUGCCCGAAUCUCCAAACAGCGUUCGAGGUUUGGUGGCGUCGGACCUUCGUUCGACCUUACGUUGAAACUCAAGGAAGCAUUCACCAGCAAGAUUGCUCAAUCAUACCCCAGUUUGAGCCUUGACAAUCACCAUACUUAUAAAACUGACCAUUGGUUGGGCAAUAUAGUUGUGCUGAGUUUAUUGCUUAUGGUUUAUGUUGAAUGAAUUUCGAGCUUCGUCGGGAUCGUUCUGAGAUCACCCUGUUGUAAGCUAGAGCGGUAGCUGUCUGUGUUUUCUGUACUUUCUAUGGAGAUCUUAAUUUAUUUCCUCCAAAAAUACAUUAGAUUUUUUUU